GGGAAGCUAACCUAAUUUACAGUUAUCUAACGUUAUUCGAAUACUUUUUAAAAAUAUUUAUUGUAUAUAUGUAUAACUUGGUUAAUUAUUAAUGAUACGUUCAUAAGAUGUGUGUGUUCUUAAUGACUGUAUCUUUUAAAUUGUUUUUUGUGUAACUGAGUCGUGUUGAACGCAGUGAUAAUAUAUAUGUACAUACACGUGAGUUAGUUUUAUUUCAUAAUUCGAUGGAAAUUUGUAUAAAUAUUCGUUGUUAAUUAAUACCAUCAUAAUGGCACGUGGUAGAAGACCGGUUCGUGGUGGAAAAAGAAAAUUUGACCGUCGUGAUAGUCGACCGAAACCAAAGAAAGGUAAAUUUAACCUAAAAGAGGCUUCGUAUGUUAAAGAACGCGAUGUUAAAAAUAGAGAAAUUGAAACACGCAGGCAGAUGCUCGAGAAAGAGAAAUUACAACAGCAAGAAAUAGAAACAGAUAGUUCAGACGACGAACAGGCAAAUCCUAUACGUGAUUUAUUAUCCACAUUUUCGAAUAUUAAUAAUCCUCGAGUAACUGCUGUUGAAUCUAGUUCGGAUGACGAUACUUCUGACAACAAAGACGAUAUUAUAAGUAAUAAUGACAUUGAUGAACAAUUGUCGAGUCAUAGCGAUAACGAAGAGAUUAAAGUGAGAGAAGUGGACGAAGAAGAUCCUGAAACAGCUAAGGAAGAUGCUGGUUAUUUAAAAGAUCCAUUUUCAAUUCAUCUUCGAGAUGAUUUAAGCGAUAAACUUUAUGAAGCAGUUUCUAAUGUUCCACAAAUUAUAGAAACACAGAAAAUAACAUGGCCUACCCUAGGAAAUCUUAUUUGUCAAAUACCAAAGCCCCUGGAGGAUGUAAAUGAUUCAACAAAAAAGUCAAAAGUAUCUGUGUUAGAAGAUAAACAAUUUGCAAAACAUGGCAAUAUUCCUAGCUUGAUCGAAACUAUAGAUUGGAAUAGAUUAUACGUAAAACCUCAAAUUCAAGACAAUGUUACAAGUGCUAAUUGCUCAAACAUAAAGGAUGAUGUUAGCAGAAAUUCACCACCUUUGACUUCCUUGCAAAGGGAAUUAUUUUCAGUGAUAAAUAAUUAUCAGGAUUUAUAUUAUCCCGAAAGGAGAUUCUCAAAUGCUGAUCAAAUAAGAUUUAUAUAUUGUUUACACGCAAUUAAUCAUGUAUUGAAGACCAGAACAAAGGUAUUACAUCAUAAUGCAAAAAUAACAAAAUCAAAAUGUUCAAAUAUGGCAGAAAUUCCAGAUGAAUACAGAGAUCAAGGAUUAGUGAGACCAAAAAUUUUGAUAAUAGUUCCCUUUAGACAUUCGUGUUUAAAAAUUGUUGAAUUAUUGAUAUCUAUUUUAAUCGGAGAAGAUAAAGGUGGCUCUGUAAUGAAUAAGAAGAGAUUCAUGGAAGAUUUUAGCGGCAAUGAAUUAAUAAUGCCAAAGAAGAACCCAAAACCAGAAGAUUAUGAGCUAACAUUUCAGGGAAACACGGAUGAUACUUUCAAAAUAGGAAUCUCUAUCACAAAAAAGACUUUAAAAUUGUAUUCAGAAUUUUAUUCCUCCGAUAUAAUAAUCACGUCACUUUUGGGUCUGAGAAUAUUAGUAGGUGCAGAAGGUGAGGCUGAGAGGGAUUUUGAUUUCUUAGCAUCAGUGGAGUUGUUGAUCCUAGAUCAAGCAGAAUUAUUUUUAAUGCAAAAUUGGGAUCACAUGAUACAUAUUUUAAAUCACUUUCAUUUACAACCAAAAGAUUCUCAUGGAACAGAUUUUUCCAGAGUAAGAAGUUGGUGUGUUAAUGGGUGGACAAAAUACUAUAGGCAGACAUUAAUAUUCUCAAGUAUUCAUGUACCUGAAAUUUAUGGGAUAUUUAAUAAGAGAUGUUACAAUUAUGCAGGAAAAAUUAAGGUAAUAAAUCCUAUUUCUCCUGGAUCUAUUUGUCACGUGGUUGUACAAAUUCCUCAAGUCUUCCAUAGAUUCGAAACAUCGAGUCAUUCCCAAGCAUUGGAGCAUAGAAUGGACUUUUUUGUAGGAAAAAUACUUCCUCAAUACAAGGACAGAAUCAUGAAUCACACGUUAAUAUUUGUACCAUCCUAUUUUGACUUUGUGAAGUUGCGUAAUUAUUUUAAGAAAGAAGAAUAUAAUUAUGUACAAAUUUGUGAAUAUUCCAAGGAAGCAAAAAUAGCGAGAGCGAGAGAUAUGUUCUUCCACAGCGAUGCACAUUUUCUCAUAUACUCGGAACGAUUCCACUUCUUUCGUAGAAUACGAGUGAAAGGCAUAAGACACAUCAUAUUUUAUGCGCCACCCACCUUUCCCGAAUUUUAUAGCGAAAUGUGUAAUUUAAUGCAGGAAGCUAAUCAGAAUCCACAAGCAGGCUCUGAAAGUAAUAUGACAGUAACUGUUCUAUAUUGUAAAUACGACGUUAUGCAACUUUCGGCAGUUGUGGGUACAGAAAGGGCAAACAAAAUGCUUGGGUCGGAAAAAUCAGUCCACAUGCUCAUGACCGGUGAAUGAGAAAUCCGUCAAUGUAUC